AUGAGAAUUUUAAAUGAUGUAUUGGACUCAUUCUAUAGUGAAGAUAAUGCUUAAGAUCAAAGUAGGCAAGGUUUUGGAGAUAUUUAAAUUUAAAAUUAUCUUUCAGAUCACUCAAUAAAUUCUGAGAUAAUCAAUUCUAUUGAUGAUCUAGAUCAAAAGAUUAUUUAAAAUGAGAAUGUUCUUAGAUUGAAGAGAUAAAUAGUUAGAAUUUAGCCUUAAAGAAGAAAGCCAGGAGAAACUAAAAAUAUCCCUAAAAACAUCGCACGUGUGAUGAAAAAAUACAUAUAAAAUAUUAUUUAGAAUAGUCUAGAUGGGGCUUUGAGAUCAUAUCAGAAUAAUAAAGCAUGGAUUAGAUUUAAAAGCAUUCCACAUGACAAUGUUAUGAAAAAAUAAAUAGAAUAGUUUUUACAAACAAAAUUAGGUUAAUUGUGUGGUAAAUAAUUCUUUGGAAAUUGUCUUUGGGCUUAUUAUUUUGUAUCAGAAAAUAAAACUAAUGUUUCACUGUAUUAUAAACACAAUCAAACAUAUUUUAUGAAGACUUUAGAAUAGAAAUAAAAUACUAUAAAAAAAUGA